GGAGCACGGAGAGAGGAAAGAUCAUCACUGUCAUCAUCAUACACAUGGGGACAGUGUCCAAUUUGUUUGUGUAUACGGGAAAAAUAUUAACUUACCUCGCGAAAAGGAUGAAUUGUCGCGUCCGGGCUGGAAUUGUGGCAUUACUGAGGGCAUCGGCGUGUUGCUAAAUGGAGUCGGAGCAGCUGUACCACAGAGGCUACUGCAGAAACAGUUACAACAGCAUCGCCAGUGCCAGCAGUGACGAGGAGCUGCUGGAUGGAGCCGGUGUCAUCAUGGACUUCCACACCACAGAGGAUGACAACCUGCUGGAUGGGGAGGCCGCCUCUCCAGGGUCUAACUACGCCAUGUCUAACGGGGGCGGGGCAGCCAGCAGCUCCACCCACCUGCUGGACUUUCUAGAAGAGCCCAUCCCUGGUGUGGGGACCUACGACGACUUCCACACCAUUGACUGGGUCCGCGAAAAGUGCAAGGAUCGUGAGAGACACCGUAAGAUUAACAGUAAGAAAAAGGAGUCAGCAUGGGAGUUUACCAAGAGCCUGUACGAUGCCUGGUCCGGGUGGCUGGUGGUGACGCUUACGGGCUUGGCUUCAGGUGCGUUGGCUGGCCUGAUUGACAUUGCUGCUGAUUGGAUGAAUGACUUGAAAGAGGGCGUGUGUCUGAGCGCCAUGUGGUUCAACCACGAGCAGUGCUGCUGGACGUCCAAUGAGACCACUUUCGCAGAGAGGGACAAGUGUCCUCAGUGGAAAAGCUGGGCAGAGCUAAUCCUGGGGCAGGCCGAGGGCCCAGGCUCCUACAUCAUGAACUACUUCAUGUACAUCUACUGGGCGCUGUUCUUCGCCUUCCUGGCUAUCUGCCUGGUCAAAGUGUUUGCUCCAUAUGCCUGUGGCUCAGGAAUUCCUGAGAUCAAGACCAUCCUCAGUGGGUUUAUCAUCCGGGGCUAUCUGGGCAAAUGGACCCUUUUGAUCAAAACCAUCACUCUGGUUUUGGCUGUGGCAUCUGGCCUCAGCCUGGGCAAGGAGGGCCCUCUGGUCCACGUGGCCUGCUGCUGUGGGAAUAUCUUUUCCUACCUCUUCCCCAAAUACAGCAAGAACGAGGCAAAGAAACGAGAGGUUCUCUCUGCUGCGUCAGCGGCCGGGGUGUCUGUGGCUUUUGGAGCUCCAAUAGGAGGAGUACUUUUCAGUUUGGAGGAGGUGAGCUACUACUUUCCCCUGAAGACACUGUGGCGUUCCUUUUUCGCCGCCCUGGUGGCGGCCUUUGUGCUGCGCUCCAUUAACCCCUUUGGGAACAGCCGCCUGGUGCUGUUCUACGUGGAGUACCAUACGCCGUGGUACCUCUUUGAACUCAUCCCAUUUAUCCUAUUGGGAGUUUUCGGGGGACUCUGGGGCGCCUUCUUCAUUCGAACCAACAUCGCAUGGUGCCGGCGGCGCAAGUCCACUCGCUUCGGCAAGUACCCGGUGUUGGAGGUGAUCUUGGUGGCAGCCAUCACCGCGGUAGUUGCAUUCCCUAACCCAUACACUCGCCAGAACACCAGUGAGCUGAUAAAGGAACUGUUUACGGACUGCGGCCCGCUGGAGUCGUCUCAGCUCUGCCAGUACCGUAGCCAAAUGAACGGCAGUCGAGCCUUCAGUGACAGUCCCAACCGGCCAGCGGGGCCCGGCGUCUAUGCCGCCAUGUGGCAGCUCUGCCUGGCACUUAUCUUUAAAAUAAUCAUGACCAUAUUCACCUUUGGACUGAAGGUACCAUCAGGCUUGUUCAUCCCCAGCAUGGCGAUCGGGGCGAUCGCAGGUCGCAUAGUUGGCAUUGCUAUGGAGCAGCUGGCUUAUUACCACCAUGACUGGUUCCUGUUCAAAGAGUGGUGUGAGGUCGGGGCCGACUGCAUCACGCCUGGACUCUACGCCAUGGUGGGGGCUGCAGCAUGUCUGGGUGGCGUGACCCGUAUGACCGUCUCCCUGGUCGUCAUCGUCUUCGAGCUGACGGGCGGGCUGGAGUACAUCGUGCCUCUCAUGGCUGCUGUCAUGACCAGUAAGUGGGUCGGCGACGCGUUUGGCCGCGAGGGGAUCUACGAGGCCCACAUCCGUCUGAACGGCUACCCAUUUCUGGACGCCAAGGAGGAAUUCACGCACACCACGCUGGCCAGGGAGGUGAUGAGGCCACGGCGCAGCGACCCGCCGCUCGCGGUGCUGACGCAGGACGACCUGACGGUGGAGGAGCUGCAGGGGGUCAUCAAUGAAACCAGUUACAACGGGUUUCCUGUCAUAGUGUCCAAGGAGUCGCAGAGGCUGGUGGGCUUUGCUUUGCGCAGGGACAUCACCAUCGCUAUAGAAAACGCCCGCCGCAAACAGGAAGGCAUCAUGUUGAACUCCAGGGUGUACUUCACCCAGCACGCACCCACCCUCCCUGCCGACAGCCCGCGACCCCUCAAGCUGCGCUCCAUCCUGGACAUGAGCCCGUUCACUGUCACGGACCACACGCCCAUGGAGAUUGUGGUGGACAUCUUCAGGAAGCUGGGUCUGCGACAGUGUCUGGUCACUCACAACGGGAUUGUGUUGGGCAUCAUCACAAAGAAGAAUAUAUUAGAACAUCUGGAGGAGCUCAAGCAGCGCUCGGAGCCCCUGGCGCCUCCUUGGCAUUAUCACAAAAAAAGAUAUCCUUCGCCACAUGGCUCAAAUGGCAAACAAAGAUCCCGAGUCCAUCAUGUUCAACUGAUCCGCUCCUUCCAGGACGGCCGGGCAGGGGGGCGCGGCAGUGAGGAGGAGGUGCGCCUUCUGGAUGACUCCGAUCCCUGACACGGGGACCCCGCUUCCAUUUUAUUUUCAGCUUUGAGGACCUUGACCUACUGACUGAAAGGGGUGCACCCCCUAAUGGCUGCAGGAGGCACUGAGAAAAGACUUUUAAAAAAAUCAUCUUGGCUGCUGAGGUCAUGAGGAGGUCAUGAGGAGGUCACUGACGAAGGCGCUGUCCACGUCAGAGACAUCUCACAUGCAUGCUCGUCCCAUCCAACUGCAACACCAGUUUUCCUGCUGUAUUUCAAAAACAAACGCGUCUGCAGUCUUCACGCCCCUCACUCGCCUCCCCGCUAUGGUUGGCUGGGGUGGGUCAAAGGUCAGCAUGAACCGCCAGACCUUGAAACUUUGAGACUGCGGGUCUCAUGUGCGCACGUGACUCUUGCGUCACUACAUUCCAGCACAGAGGGCACAGACCUCCUCCUCCUCCUCCAAACGUGACGACACAGAAGAACAAAGACACUUCAUCUCAGAACGAAACGGUGAAAAAGAAGUCUUUUUUUUAUUUAUGUUGUUUUAUGUGUGAACUUUGUUUUCUGAGCCAGUGACUUCCAUCCAAUCAGUGACGGUGGAAAAAAGAACAAUUUUAUUUUUCAGACAGCGUCACUUGUAAUCAAUUAAAGUUAUAAACUGGAAUCUCGCGGUGCUGCUGCACGGAGCAGGAAGAUGGCGAUCGUACCUCACGUUAGCUGUGAAUUAAAAUACGUUUCUUUGUCCUGCUGAAUAAUGAGAAUAAUUUGUUAAAGGUUUCUCUCUAACUUCCUAAUUUAUAUUUUAAAAACAAACCUUUUUGCUUGGUGAGCCUUAAAAAAGUAAUAUGUUGGGCAGUAACGGAAUUACAUUUAGGAAAACUGAUUGUAAUCCUGUUAUUACUGAUGGGUCACUACAGUCACACAUCGUUUUCUGUCAUACUCACUAGUAUCUCUCUGAUUGGUCAGUAAAUGAUGGGUAAUAAAGGCUAUGAUGGUCAUCAUCUUUGUGCACCCCCCCCGGUGUCGAUAGUUGGGUAUCAUUCUGAAGAAAUUUAUGUACUAAAUAUGUAAAGAAUAAAUAUUGUUUAUUAAAAGGAUAAAUUU